AUGAUACCUCUGCUUCAUCAUUUUUCUUCCAUUAUUGUUUUAUUUUUCUCCUUCACAUUUUUGAUGAUCUUCGUCAUAAAUAUUCCAACGUGUCUAUGCGAGGAUGAUGAGUACAUGAACUGUAACACAGCUUUUUCCUGUGAAAACAAUACGAAAGACCUCAAGUAUCCGUUCUGGGGAGGAAAUAGAGAAAGUUAUUGUGGUGGUGUUGCUGAUGGUAUUAAUACGGAGCUUACAUGCGAAGAUAAAUUUUCAAAGUUCACAAUUAAUAGUGUUAAGUAUCGUAUUCUUGAGUGGGAGAAUACAACACAGAAACUCACUGUCGCUAGGGACGAUUACUCGAGUCGUAAUGUUUGUGACGUGAAUACUAAUAUCGAGAGCAGCACAUUUGAUAACACUCAAUUUGAACGUUACAGUAAUGAUGUUGCUAACGUGACGCUCCUGUACGGUUGUGAUGUUGCAACUGGAAAUUUAGCAAAUCCCUUUUAUGAUAUUGACUGCGGCCAAAGUAAAUAUGUUGUCUUCACUGUUGCUUAUUCUGCUUCGUUCUCUGCCUUCUGCACUCCGACUCGUAAGGUCGUGAUUCCGAUUCUGGGAAACCUAGCUACGCAACUGGGAUCUGGAAUUGGAAUAGUCGGUGAUAUAUUACAAGAUUCAUUACAAAAAGGUUUUGAUUUGAAAUGGACUGGAAAUUAUUCGGAGUGCCAGAGGUGUGUAGCUUCUGGUGGAGCGUGUGGAAAUGGAGAUACUCAAUUCAGAUGUUUCUGCGAUGUUGGAGCUCACGCAACUUCAUGCGAUUCACCAGUGCUCCCGACCUCAGGUUCAAAAGGUAACUGGAGGCCUAUUGUGAUAGGUGCUGCAGGAUUUGGAGUAAUAGUAUUCUUUAUAAUUAUUAUGAUUAUAUGUUACCUUAAAAGGGGUACAGGUAGACAACAAAAGACUAUUUUCCGGGAAAAAAGAAAGCUUGUUGAGCACAAUGUGGACAAGCCUGUUGAGCACAAUGUGGACGUUUUUAUGCAAAAUUAUAAUUUAUACAACCCAAGAAGAUAUAGCUAUGCAGAAGUAAAAUGGAUCACAAGCUCAUUUAGAGAAAAAUUAGGCCAAGGAGGAUAUGGUGUUGUGUACAAAGCAAGUUUAAUUGAUGGUCGUCAAGUGGCAGUGAAAGUAAUAAACGAAUCAAAGGGAAAUGGAGAAGAGUUCAUAAACGAAGUUGCUAGCAUUAGUAGAACAUCACACUUGAACAUUGUGUCACUUUUAGGUUUUUGUUAUGAAGGGAAUAAAAGAGCACUAAUAUAUGAAUUCAUGUCCAACGGAUCAUUGGAUAGGUUCAUCUAUAAAAGUGAAUUUCCUAAUGCUAUUUGUGAUUUUGAUUGGAACACUUUGUUCCAAAUUGCAAUAGGCAUUGCUAGAGGACUAGAUUACUUGCAUCAAGGAUGCAAUUCAAGGAUUUUACAUCUUGAUAUCAAACCCCAAAACGUUCUUUUGGAUGAAGAUUUUUGUCCAAAAAUAUCUGAUUUUGGUUUAGCUAAAAUAUGUCAAAGGAAGGAUAGUAUCGUGUCAAUACUAGGAGUAAGAGGAACUAUAGGAUAUAUGGCACCUGAAAUAUUUAGUAGAGCAUUUGGUGGAGUUUCUUACAAGUCUGAUGUAUACAGUUAUGGGAUGUUGAUUCUUGAAAUGAUUGGAGGAAGAAAGAAUUAUGAUACUGGAGGCUCGUGUACUUCUGAAAUGUACUUUCCUGAUUGGAUUUAUAAAGAUCUUGAGCAAGGUAAUACCAGCAAUACUCUUCUAAAUGGUUUGACAAUCUCGGAGGAAGAAAAUGAUAUGGUUAAAAAGAUUACUUUGGUGAGUUUAUGGUGCAUUCAAACGAAUCCAUCAGACAGACCACCGAUGAAUAAAGUAAUAGAAAUGCUACAAGGAUCACUUUCUUUAGUGCCAUAUCCUCCAAAGCCGGUCUUGUUUUCUCCGGAAAGGCCAGCACUACCCGUAGAAUGUAUAUCCUCAUCCGAUUUCAAUGAAACAAGUUCAAUUACAGUAUCAAAAUAA